AACGAUGGGAAAACCAGAGGCAGCGAGUAUAUAAUCCGCAUCCAUGUCAAAAUUUUAUAGGCCUAGAAAUUUCUGAAGCCAUACAUUAAUCAGAUUAGGUUGUUCAAUUUUAGGGUUGAUCGAUCUCUGAAGCCAUACAUUAAUCAGAUUAGGUUGUUCAAUUUUAGGGUUGAUCGAUCCUUGAUAAUGGAAAAGGAAGGGCAGAAGAUUAUGGUGGCGGUUGAUGAGAGCCAAGAGAGCAUGUAUGCGCUUUCAUGGUGUCUUGGCAAUCUCAUCUCCGACACCACCACCGACCAGCUCGUCCUCCUCUACGUCAAGCCGCCCCCUUCUGUUUACUCCUCCUUCGAUAUUCCAGGGAAUAUAUUUUCCAGCGAUGCUCUUGGGGCCGUGGAAAAGUACGGUAGAGACUUGGCUGCUUCAGUAAUGGAAAGAGCUGAAGCCAUGUGCAGAAACAUCAACACCAGCAACAUCAAGAUGGAGAGAGUUAUUGGGAGUGGAGAUGCCAAGAAUGUAAUAUGCAGCGCUGUGCAGAAACUGAAGGCUGACACGUUGGUCAUGGGAAGCCACGGUUAUGGCUUCUUUAAGAGGGCACUUCUGGGAAGCGUUAGUGAAUACUGUGCCAAGCAUGCUAAGUGUCCUGUUGUAAUUGUGAAGCACCCGUAAUCGAAUUAUUUUCCGUCUUUUCCCCCCUUCUUCAACUCUCUAUAUGCUCUUUCAGGAAGCAGGCUCCUAGGCAUGCUUAUCCGACACAAAUUUCAAAUUUGUAUAACUUGCCUUUGCAUUAAUAAAACUAGCUGUUGGUGGAAAAAGCUACACCAGUUGGAA